AUGCGACCGCUCACAGAAGAAGAGACCAAAACGCUCUUCGAGAAGCUGGCCAAUUACAUCGGCAAGAACCUCGUCAACCUCAUCGACCGUGCCGAUGACCCGCAUGUCUUCCGCCUGCACCGCGACCGCGUCUACUACGUCUCGGAAUCGUCCAUGCGCCUCGCCAUCUCGAUCGCGCGCCCCAACCUCAUGUCGCUCGGCACGUGCUUUGGCAAGUUCAGCAAGACAGGAAAGUUCCGUCUGCACGUGACGGCACUCGACUACCUGGCGCAGCACGCAAAGUAUAAGGUCUGGAUCAAGCCCAACGGCGAGCUGCCGUUCUUGUACGGCAACCACGUGGUCAAGGCGCAUCUGGGUAGGAUCACGGACGACACGCCGGAGCAUGCGGGUGUGGUGGUGUUGAGCAUGAGCAAUACUCCGCUCGGGUUUGGGGUGACGGCGAGGAGUACGGUUGAUACGAGGAAGCAGGAUCCGACGAGCAUUAUUGUUUUCCACCAGGCGGAUGUGGGCGAGUAUCUGCGUGAUGAGGAUACGCUGUUUUAA